AUGCCGAAAACGAGACGAGGAGGAAAGAAGCACCGUGCGCGACGCCUGCUUCAAAACCUUUCCAAGUUUCUUUACGAAACACCAAGCGCCGAUAUUUCCUCAUAUUACGGUGUCGAACCUUGCUAUAUCGAUCCUGAAUACGAACAACUAUUUCAGACACGUGUACCGUCCGAAAGCAUACAGCCGCGUUGCGAUAAUAAUAAUAAUCCCGCUGUAGUGCGACCCGCAAAACCGCGAGUGAUUAGUAAUUCCGCGUGCACCUACCGAGUGAGUAUAAUUAGGAACGUAAAUAAGAGCAAAGGAGAAGAGGACACGUGGUCGACGAGGUUAACCCCGAUCUCGCACAAAGUACGAUAUUCGCUGUGCCAAGACAUCCCCGAGGACGACCCUCGACGAAACCAUUACAAUAGACUGGCGCAAGAAAGCAAGGUGCAGAGCUGGAUCGAGAACAAUCAGGAACAUUCUAAUGCCGUGGCGGACCCGGUCAAGGACGGUUCAUCCUCUGCGUCCAGUGAAUCUCCGACGGAAAUCAAAUCUCUCCUCGCGUCCGCCGACAGAUCACAACGCAAGCAGGUGCUAUUAGCGACCGCGCUAGUCACCUUGAGCUCUCCGAACGGCCGCACAGCUGUGGUCCGCGCGUUGCUUGACCAGGGAUCCGAAGUGACGUUCGUGACGGAAAAGGCUCCAGCCUUCUUCACCACGGCCGUGAUCAUGAAGAAUCUCACGUCUUACAGCCCGGAUCACGGUGCAACUUUGAACUCCUUAGAGUAUCUCUCUCACGUCGAAUGGGCCGAUCCGAAUCCCGCGAGCUCCGAUCCGAUCGACAUACUGAUCGGAGCUGACAUAUACGGUGAUAUACUUCGAGAAGGCUUGCUCCGGGGUUGGGACGGCCAACCUGUAGCUCAGAAUUCAGCCUUAGGCUGGAUCAUCUCCGGCUCCUUCGCUAACGUGAACGAGACCGCGCAUCAUACAGUGUCCGUUCAUCAUUGCUUAAAUGAAGAUUCUCUCGAGCACGACGCCGAUUCUGGGAGAUUGAAGAGAUCCCGGGAGCACGCCGCCUCCAUCCUCUGGAGGAGCAAUGAAGGGCCCCCUAUCGCGAUCGGUCAAUCGCGUCCUCGAGCCGAGAAUUGGCUUAGUUCCGUAGUCUCGAAAGUCUGGUCGAACCCGGAACUGGAAAAGGCUUAUUCGGAUUUCAUGUUCGAAUACGAACAGCUCGGUCAUAUGCGGUUAGCCCCAAAUACUUCGAGUCACACCGAACAACAAGUCUACCUGCCUCAUCAUUCCGUUGUUCGCGACAGUAGCACGACGACUAAAUUGAGAGUCGUGUUUAACGCCUCAAGUAACAUCACAAACGCUCUUCGAGUAUUGCGACAGUUAGUUAAGGACGAUGGUCAUCGAUUUCCUUUAGCAAUCCGAAUUCUUCUAGAGGAGAUUUAUGUGGAUGAUGUCCUUUUCGGAUCAGAUGAUCCUCAACUUCUUCGACUAAUUAGAGAUCAGCUGAUCGCGCUACUUCACUGUGGAGGGUUCGAAUUGCGGAAGUGGGCAAGCAACUCCGCCUCGCUGCUUUCUGAUCUGGACGACGCUGAUCACGGUCUUGCGUGCAAUAAGACGCUGCAAUCGAGUGAACGGCUUAACGUAUUAGAGAUUCGCUGGAAUCCAAAUAUCGAUGUCUUCGAAUUUCAAGUAUCUCGCUCGGAAUCCUUACCGAACACCAAGCGCGCGAUUCUCUCAAGCAUCGCUAAACUUUACGACCCGCUUGGAUGGGUCACUCCCGUUGUUAUUUCUGCGAAGAUAUUCAUGCAGCGACUUUGGCGACACAAUCUCGGCUGGGAUGAAACUCUUCCCGAUGCUCUUCUUCAUCAUUGGACGACUUUUUACGAUCGACUCGAUCAUCUCAAUUUGCUGCCGAUCCCGAGGUGGACGAGACUCGAAGCGACGACAAAAAAGAUCGAGUUACACGGGUUCUCCGAUGCUUCCAAUGCCGCGCUCGCUGCCGUAGUCUACCUUAAGGUAAGUUCUUCCUCCAAAAACGUUAAAAUUACGCUCCUGGCUGGAAAAUCUAAGGUUGCUCCGAUUAAGCCGAUAAGUGUACCGCGGCUCGAAUUGUGCGCCGCGGUCUUGCUCUCGCGGCUCAUUUGUUUCGUUCGGCGUUCACUGUCCGCCGAAGACAUUAAGUGUCACUGCUGGACUGACUCAACGGUGGUUCUCACUUGGGUCAGUCAGCAUUCCUCCCGAUGGCGCACUUUCGUCGCCAACCGGGUAGCUGACAUACAGUCACGACUUGCAGACUGUGAGUGGCGUUACGUCUCCACAGACUCCAAUCCUUCCGACCGCGCGUCGCGGGGACUGCUCGGAGACGAAAUUUGUGAGCAUCAGUUGUGGUGGAACGGUCCGCCCUGGCUGUCCCGAUCCAAGGAACACUGGCCUAAUCCUCCACUCCGUGUCUCGUCCGAAGCCGUGCUCGAAGAAAAGCCCUCCGUACUACAUUGUGUCCCGGAUCGCGAACCGUGGAACUUGUCAAAUCGAUAUUCUUCGUGGCCUCGGUUUCUUCAAGUGACCGCGUACGUCAUUAAAUUCGUUCAAAACUGUAAGACGAAGAAGAAACAUGAGUCUGCGGUCGGGUUGCCGGGAAUUUCGCUUUCCGCCGCUGACAUCGAUCGGGCCCGCGUACACUGGAUCAAAAGUAUUCAGACCGAAUUAUUUCCAAAGGAAAUCCACUCAUUAAAGACAAAUCAGAGGCUGCCAUCCCGAAGCGCGUUACUGUCUCUCAAGCCUUUUUUGGAUAACGACGGGAUCUUGAGAGUCGGAGGUCGGUUGAACAAGGCGCCGACGGCCUUUUCAGUUCGACAUCCGAUACUUUUAGCGUCUCACCUGGUAGUAAAACAUGUCAUACGUCACGUGCAUUUACGGGCUUUGCACGCCGGACCACAGCUCACACAGACUGUAUUAAGACGCGAUUUUUGGAUUCUCCGUGCGCGCAGUCUUAUCUGUUCCGUGUAA